UUGCCUCUCGCUGCCCGCCACAACUUCGGAAAGCCGCACUCCAGGAAGAUAGGACCGUUCGACACCUCGAUGUGUUUCGCUCAUCCCUUAUUGAAUGUGACUCUCCGGCAAGCCACAGGGUGCAACUGGAAAUCAGUCCGCAGUGACGAACCGCUCCAUGGCUGCCGUAGUUGGGGGAGGGGUUAUCAAUGAGGUCGGAAGACAUUCGAUUGCACGUAAAGUAUGCGAUCAGAUAUAUGAUCCGGGCCGGAAUUCCAGUCGCUUCUGUUUGAAGUUUAUUUUCAAAUCUAUUUGACCGGGAAUGUUACCGAGGUCAGGACUACAAUUUCCAGGUGACUUCGCGGCGCCCCACGCAUGCGUGGCGACGGGGCGUCAAGAUGGCGGCUGCUCUGUCCCGGGCGCUGAAGCUUCCAGGGAAAAAGAUUCAUGAUCUGGGAGAGUAUGACCCACUCCGUCAGGCUGACAGUGAUGACAGCGAGGAUGAUAGCGAUCUUAGCUUCCAGAAAAAUGGCAAUGUCCAGACUGAGGGCAGUGACGAGGCUGUGUGUGACAGAGACGCUGAUGCCGCAGUCGAAAUGCAUACGCUGAAAACGAAGCAACGGCGGACAGAUGAACCCAGCUCCGCGGAGGUCCGUGCGACUGAGGUCUCCGACGAGUUUACUGUUAAAGCCAGAAUCUCGCUUGUCCCUUGCCUCCGGACCGCUGCCUUCCUCCUCACCCUCGCGUUCACCAUGGUCCUCGUUCUGGUCUGCGCUUUCUUCAUCCCGUGUCCAAGGAGCCAGCCACAGAUGACCUCGUGGAACCGAAGCCUAGGCCAAGCAGCCAGUUUCCCUCCUGUGAUGACGCUCUGGGAUGUUAAUGAUGACCAAGUUUCUGAUGUAAUUAUUUCGUUUGGUUCCACCGGGAAAGUCCGAGACCAGAAAGGAGGCCUCAGGCCACAAGCUGCAUUGAAACUUCACGUGUCGGUAGCAGUGUUAUCUGGGGUUGACGGUAACGUUCUAUGGACAGCCCUGGCCCCAGAGCAACUGAAGUUUAUCCAGUGCGGCAUCGGCUAUCUAGGGGGGCCAGGUUCCGUCUGCCUGCUGAUUGGAAUCAGUCACAUAUUGAAGGCUGUUAACAGCAGCUCAGGAAGUAGCCUGUGGGAAGUGAAGAGCAUGUACCAGUCCCACCAGACUCCAGCUGCCCCAGCUGUGCUGCUCCCAGACAUAGAUGGUGACGGAUUUGCAGACUUGCUGCUCGGGAGCAGACCUACUGCACUGACCAGUCGGCUUCGUGAAAUCUCCUUUGUAUUUGUGUCAGGAGCAACAGGGGCCCUGAUUGGCCGGUCAGUUUCUUACAAUGUGACCGGCGAGGGCAAGCUGAUUGGUCCAAAGGCCUGUAUGUCUGGAGGAGGCACGCUGUACGUUCUGUUUGGCUAUGGAACCAUCCAAGCUGUGGCCGUGAGGGACAUUUACACCCAAGCAAAUGGCAAAGGGAGCUUGCCUCCAUCUCUACAAGGUCAGGACACCCUAUGGGAAUGGAAGAGAAAUGGGAACCUGUCUGGAUUGUUGGAAGUGUACAGCAGCAAUGAUUCUGUGAGGGACGUACAGACUCUGAGCCGACGUGGAGGGAGUGACAGUGACACAUUGAUCACCACAAAGAGUAGAUUGCAACGUCUGAGUCGGCAGCAUCUCCUGCAAUUAUGGUCAGCUAACGGAAGCAUCAUCGACAGUUCUCCUGUCACUGGCUUCUUCAACCAAGACAACGUCCUAGAUUUCCUGAUCCAGAUCACAAGCAGGAGCGACGUGAGAGAGAGUUUAAUUAUCGAUGGGAGUUCGGGUGAGGAGCUUUGGAAAGCAAACAUGGACUGUCGCAUUCAGGAAGCAGCCUCUAUACCGAUGUCCAAUGGGAGAUCUGCAUUUCUAUUCUGGGCCGAGGAAUGUGGAGUGGCCCACUUGGCUCCAACAACAGACCCUGACACUCUGAGCCAGUAUCACCUGUACCUCCUGCACCCGUUGUAUCCUAGUGUCCUGCUGGAACUGGCCAACAGCACAGCAGUUGUGACUGCAUCAGCAACUGGAUUACUGGAGCAACAGAAAGACGCUUUUUACGUUACUGUGACAAUGGACACCACACACUGGCCUCAUGAAAGUGGCACCGGGCACCUGAUGGUGACUGGCCUGGGCCUGAACUGGGCAAUUUCCCACAGUAGGAUGGUGGCCCUGGAGGACAGAGCCAUUGGCGCCAUCCAGAAGUUUGUCUCCAAGAUCCAGUUCUCUGCUGCCCAGCACUCACAGUCACUACAGAGACCAACCUGAAGCAACACAUGGAACAGAAGCUCAUUUGCCACUUCCUGCAGGAAUUUUGCAUCCCAAUCAUUGUGUUCCCUUCUGGUGGUGUCCCUGCUACCUCCCGAUAACUCUGCUCCUUCCCCCGCUACCCUCUAUCUCCCUCCCUGCCCCUCACUAUCCUCGCAGGAGCUCCUCAAUUGAUCUGGGUGAUAACUUGAAAAUGGAUUUGUAGCCGGGGCUUUCCCACUAGUUACUGGCUCAAUCAGAACAGUAUUUCAAAAGAAUCCAGCUCCUUCUGUUUGCUACAACCAUCGGGCAGUUCAUCCCAAAUGUGUAGUUGCCUGGGUCCAGCCAUCUCCACAUGAGGAACCACGUCUGCCUGUUGUCCACCAGGACCCAGCUUUAAAUGAGGCUCUCCUUUGUACAGGAAAGGGGAAGUCGUUCCCACAGGAUCCUCUUUAAGGCACACACUUUUACACGCGUUGCCCAUUGUAACUGCACUUUAGAUUAGAGCAAUCGUGUGUCUUAUUGUAGCUACAAUCUAAAAUUAUUUAUCAUUAGAGUUUAUUAUAGUCUUUGCCGAACCAAUCAAAAGCUUGAAUGUGAACUUAAACUGAUGAAAAUAUAGAAAAGAUUUGUAGAUGAUAUAUAUGUAUAUAGGAGCUGGAGUAGGCCUAGAUCAAUAGAUUGUAAAUAGAUAUAUCCUAAAAUGGUUUCUAUGUGAUUUAAACAAAUUUAAUAUAUAAGAUAUCAGAGUUUCAUGGUGUUUAAUUUGACAACAACUUGGUGCCCUUCUUGAGAGACAAGGAGAAUGUGUCCUUUGACUUGUCCACUGGAAAUCUGAGGGCACCAGGACAUCAUCAUCUACAGAUUAUGAUGCAUUUUUUGUAUCUCCAAAUAUCAACAGAUCUUCAAUCCUUCCUUGUGGUUAUUUCAUACUAUGGGUCAGUUACAGGAGGGGUCCCUCGCUGUCAACAUCGUAUCUGACACGCAGAAACAGGUCAAAAUGUAGAGUCAGCCUGCCCCCCUCUUUUUCUCUCUCUGUCUCUCUCACUCACGCACACUCUCUCUCAAACUGUCUCAGGCAUACACUCUGUCUCUCUCAGCCACGCACCCACUGUCCCCCUCUCUGCCUGUCCUCUCUCUCUCUGUCUCUCUCUCUCUCUCGCUCUCCCCCCGACCAUACGCGCUCAUUCCCUCUCCCUCGCUCCUCCUCACUCGUUCUCUCCCUUGCCCUCCCUCACUUGAUAACGAGCUCUCUCUCUCGGUCACCCUCCCUCGCGCUCUCACACAAAACAAGGCUGAGCUCUGCAGUAACAUGGGACUGGUCUGGUGACACUCCAUCCCACUGAAAGGCAGUUAAGACACUCUUACAACAGUGCGUUAAAGGACACGUGUUUGUUUGCAGCCUGACCCUGUUCUGUAUGUAACCAGUCAGCCCCUGUCUUCCUUCAUAUACAUUUCCCAUGCCCAUUUACUCCUGUCCAAAUCAUGAGAAAUACAAUUGCCAGUAAACCAUUUGGCCUAUUGAGCAGUGUGGCUGACCUUAGGCUUCAACGUCACUUUCCUUCCGGAUCCCCUAAUCCCUCAAUUCCCAAAUUGGGUCCAAAGUUCUUCGAUCCCAAAUUUAAUGUAUUCAACGAUGAAGCAUCAACUAUUGUCUAGAGUCGAAGAUUGCAAAGUUUUGCAGUCUUUGAACAUUCAUCACUUCUCCUUUGUGUCCUUAAUAAUCUGCUGUUGUAGCUCUGCUCACGUCCCAAUCCCCUGACAAGGGAGAGCAGUCCGUGCACCUACCAUCUCUCAAUCCUUUCCAGGAUCUGCUAUGGCUCAAUGAGAGUUGCUGUCAUUUUCCUGAACUCCAGAAAACAUGGACCCAGCCUCCCAUCACAGGGACCAAAUUAGUGAACCAACACUAUACCACAUCCAAUGCAGUGUAUCCUUUUGUAAAUGUGGAGACUGAAACUGCAAGUAGUAUUUUCUGAGAAUAAAAGCCAAGAUGCCGUUUACCUCCCCAAUUUCUUGCUGACUGCUUGUGUUACUUGUCUAAUUACCCCCAAGUCCAUUUGAACACCAGCAUUUUACAGGCAGACCCCCCCCCAAACCCCGUUACAAAUGGGUUCUGUCCUGGAGUUGGUUUGCAGGUCGAUUUGGUUGCUGGCCUCUUGCCCCUGUGUGGCGGUCUCUCGGCCUGGUGUGGCCUCAGCACUGCCUCCCGGCCCCAAGGUAAUUCCGGAGCAGCCUCCUGGCCUCAAGGCCCAAUGUGGACUGGAGUCAGGGUGUCAGUGUGCACCGGUGUGAUAGACUGUUCUGAACUUUUUAUUUGUCUAUUUUCUAAUUUAUUACAACAAUCUACAAUGAUGGACUUUUUUUCCCUUUAGUUUUCUAAUUUUUUUCUUAAGAACAUGUACUGAAGAAUCUGUACCUAGGUACCUCAGUAGCUAAGAUGGCGACAUGUGAACUUUUCACUUUUCUUCUGAGUACCUGUGACGAUAAAGCUGAUUCAAUUCAGUUGAAGUUGGAAUAGAACAUUAAGCAGCCAUUUGUAAGUCCAGGAAAUGUCAGGUCUGUAAGAUUACACUCCUGUAUGGGGUCACAUUUGUAGGUAGAAGUGGUCAUAAAUCAGGGACCCCCUAUAAUCUGACAUUUGCUGUUUUCUUAAAUUCUCCAGUCUGCACAGCAAGAGACAACAAUGUGACAAAGUCAAAAUACUGAGGAUGCUGGAGAAGCUCAGCAGGUCUGGCAGCAUCUGUGGACUGGGGGAAAAGAGUGGAUGUUUUGAGUCUGAUAUGCUUUUUUCAGAACUCAAUUUUAGCAGCUGAGAAUAAUGGCGAGGGUGCUGUCCAGAUAAUCAGUGGUAUGUGGGGGAAAUGCGUAUUGCAUGUGAGCUCUAAGUGUCUGCACUUUUGAUCAUCUAUCAGUAAAAAUGGUCUGUAAAUUCAGAAUUCCAUCUGUCAUCUCCAUAUAUCCCUGUGUUAUGCUUGAUAUAAAGGUAUUCGGGUACAGAAGUAAAACGCUAUUGCACAGCUAUAUUGUG